GCGGGCGGCGCCCUCCCGGGCCCUCUUCCCCCCUGCCGUUGCCAUCGCCUCAGUGGCGCCACCGCGCCGCACCACCCCGCGCCCGCCAACAGCGGGGGCCGCCGGCGCGCGGCUCCCUCGGCGCGCGGGGGGCCCAUGAGGCGCUACUUCGCGGACAAUUUCAGGAACGCGCCGCCGCCGCCGGGGAAAGCGGCAACGGCCGCGGGCCCCGCGGACGGCAACGGGACGCCGCCGCCGACCCCCCGACUGGGACCGCCCGCGCAGCAAAGCGCCGCGCAGGCGCCAGCCGCCGUCGAGGGCGAGGGCGUCCUGGCAGUCUGGGACCCGUUGAACAAGCCGUGGAUCCAGAUGAAGGACGGCUACCACUUUUGCCUGUUGUGCCACACCUUCGCCACCGACGGCCACCUCGCGUCGGAGAGGCACCACAGGCGGGUAGAGUGGCACGAGUGGUGGGGCAGCGAGGAGCAGCUGAGCCAGCUGAGGGUGCAGGACCAGCACGGCGAGCAGAAGGGGCCUCCAGCGAGCUGGGGGAGCCCAGAGUACUUCGUCUGGCGGGAGGGCUGGUGGUGGUGCCGGGUCUGCAGCCAGUGGGGCACCCUCGAGCACGUGCAGGGCAGGCGGCACCAGAGGCGGCUGCAGUGGGCGGAGUGGUACUGCCUGGAGGACGACAGCACGCGCGCCAGCGACUCCGUCGACGAGCUGAGCGUCGUCCCCACCAGCGUCGACGAGGAGGCGCCGAGCGCCAGCAGCGCCCAGCCCCGUGCGCAGCCGGCGCCGCCGCUGGCGCUGACGCUCGGGCAUGAGCAGGACCCGUGGGGCCCUUCCUGGGAGCCAGCCUGGGAGGUGGUGGCCCCGCCGCCGCCGCCUCCGCCGCCGAGGGUGAGCCAGCAGGAGAGCCGCCCGGCGCCCCACGCGCGGGCCGCCCUCGGCUCGCAGGCUCCGCCGCCGCCCACGCGGCUGUGGGGGGCGCCCACGCGGAGUCCUUGGGAGGCCGCUGUCGCUCCAGCGGCCCCGCGCCCGAGCGGCGGAACUGCCGCCUGGGAGGACGGAUCCCCGCGGCAGGGACCCGUGGGGCGAGCCCGGGGGAGAUCCGUGGGGCGAGUUUCUGCAGCCGCCGCCCCAGCGCGCUGCCCGGGAGCAGCCAGCCGGGCCGUCGUGGGGCUGGGAGGCGCAGCCCCGUCCACCGGCGCGCGGCGCCGCCGACCAGCGGCGCGACGAGGGGGCGCCCCCCGCCGCGCCGCCGCGGGGCGCCCUCCCGCUGCAGUGGGGCUGAGCCGCAGCGCCCGGGCCCUCGCGUGUUAUUGAAAAACAAAAAAUGACAUACGUCUUGCGCCUCCCCGACUUGUUUAUGCUGUUGCUUGUUCCUCUAUCUUAGCCGCCCGCACCGCCGAGACGGGCAAGCCGCUGCCACGCCCGCGGUUCUGGAUCCACACUUUCGACUUUCGGUUUUUAGUAAUUUGUCGCGGGCCUUCUCCAUGAUCGAGACUCCUUGCCUCCCGGCCCCACUCUUGCCACCGUCUGCGGGCGUCCAGCAAGGAGGUCGCUGGAACUCGAGGGUCCCGGCAGGACCGGCAGCCCCAGAAGUUGAUGGACGGCGGGAGGUCCAGGAAGGCGUCGUGUUUGGCCUCGCCGUGGAGUUUUGACGCGAUCGUCUUCGGCGAAUCAUCUGAAUCACGCCGUGGCUUGACAUUUCCGUACGUCUUCUGUGCGGACGUUGUGGCGCCUUUCUGUUUUGUCGCCGUUCCCUACCGCUCUGUCUGGCUCGACAUGUUUCAAGGCCCUCAUGGCCAAGCUUUUGCAUGUCCUUCCCUGGGAACAGGCGUGUGAAUCGCAGCGCAUGUGGCCUUCCCAGACUGGGCGGAUCGACAGGGAACACGCAUCCCCAACGUUUCAAUGUAAAAAAACUCACCGGUGCAGGUUUGUCACGUCGCCAGGACCGCCAGGAAUUUGGGGCGGCCGUCGUCGUCCUUCCGCGCCGCCUUUCGCUUUACACCCCCCCAUCAUUGGGCGGGGGCGCGCGCCUGGCUCGGGAGGCACGGUGGCCUUCGGAGCGCGGGGGUGAGGAUCCGGCGCUGGAGCGGCGGUGGCGUGCGGCGGAGUGCCUCCCCUCAGCUCGUGCUGUCGGCAAUGUAGGAGCAAGAGGAGGAGGCCUGAUCAGACUAUAACCAGGUUUCCGCGCUAUCGUGGCGGGUGGCAGGUUGGGGAAGGCUUCUUAGAAGCACCCCACCUACUUGGAAGCAUGCUCCGUAUUAUAUGACCGGCUCAUGCCAGGCAUGAGCAACCGGUACUCCAAAGUCCACCCAGGAUGUUUCACCAGCCUUGUCGCCGAUUGCCCCUUCUGAGGCACGGCCCAAGGUCUCCAGCAUAGACUGGUUCAUUUCCCUUCCGUCUCCGGCCAUCUCGCCCCCAUCUCGC